AUGAUCAUCCCUCUCAUACGCGAACGUCGUCGACGUGAGCAGGAGGAUCCCAGUUAUGAGAAGCCCAACGACUUCCUACAGCACCUGAUGGAUGGAGGCCAGGAAAUCCACGAUGACGUCGAGACAACAGUGCAGCGUUUGAUGGUGACAUACCUCGGGUCUGGUCCCUCGACCGUCAUUGAUGUAGCACAGGUCUUGUUCGAUCUCUGUGCUCACCCAGAAUACGUUGAGCCGCUGAGACAGGAGGCCCUGGAGGUCCUACGCAAGGGAGGCUAUACCAAACAAGCCUUGGCCGACAUGAAGAAAAUGGAUAGUUUCAUGCGAGAGUCCCAACGACUGAGACCACCUACUUUACUUAGUUUUAACGCCAUUGUAAUCCAAUAUGGUAUGCUCGGAGAUGCACCUAAUUGGCCAGAAUAG